CCACUCUUGAUGGCUCUGGCUUGCGGAUAGCCACGCUGCCACGCCGUACCCCCAGCUCUGAUCUAAAAAGCCUCCAAACAAUCCCGCCACAGGAACACACCCACAGACCCAGGGAGAGGAGAGAGAGAGAAGAAACUGAGCUAUAUACCCCGGACCUGCUUCUUAUAAUACAACCAGAGAUCCCCAUUUAUUCCCGUGUGCCCGCCCCAAAACCAACCACCAACCAACGAACCAACCACUCAAAUCCGUGACGACGUCUGAUGCAAACUACACACCUACCAAGUCGAGCAUCUCAUACACAACUCAUCAAGCCGCUGAGGAUCUAGAAUGGAACUCAUGGAGCUGGUUGAGAAUGAACCCACUGUUCGACCCUUCCAGUGCGAGUGGCCGUCAUGUCAGAAGAACUUCAACAGGAAAUCCGACCUGCAGAGACACUUCAGAAUCCACACCAAUGAACGCCCAUACUCCUGCCUAACACCCGGCUGCAACAAGAGCUUCAUCCAGAGGAGCGCCCUUACUGUCCAUAUCCGCACACACACCGGCGAGAAGCCUCACCAAUGCCAGCAAUUAGGAUGCGGCAAGCGGUUCUCAGACUCCUCGAGUCUCGCCCGCCAUCGCCGUAUUCACACCGGCAAACGCCCGUAUAAAUGCGCCCACGAAGGCUGCUUGAAGAGUUUCUGCCGCAAAACCACAAUGGUAAAGCACCAGCGCCGCUCCCACCAGCGCGGCGGCGGCAUCAACUCCUCCGAGCUAGAAGACGGCGACACCUCCGACUCCGACAUGGGCGAGUCGCCCUCAACCCCCCAGCUCGUGACGCAGGCCCACUGGCCCCAGGACCUCAACACAGUCAUCACCCACAACGUGGUGCAGAACCACCACCAAGCCAUCCACCGCUCGCAAUCGUUUGCUGAUUUCGGACACCACCAUAACGGCAACUCGCAACCUUACGUGACGAAUGCGGAAAUCUACCCGCCGCGUCAUAGCCUCUCGGAGAGCCCGCAGCAUUAUCAGCAUCGCUCGCUGUCGUUGCAGGAUCAGAGACAUCCGCAGGAACUGAUUCAGCAGCAACGACAACAGCAGCAGCAGCAGCCUACUAUCCACCAACAACACCCCUACUUCAUCUCGGAGCAAAAUAACCCUGGUGUGGCUACGAUGAACACAAAUCCGAAUAUCCAUAUCCAGACCUACAUCGCUCGACAGAUCCCAGAUCGCCAGAUUCCGUAUACGACACAGUCACUCCCUCCUUCCGUGGACGCAGGUUCAGAUACUUACUCCGCGCUAUCCGCACGCACUCCUCCGCCUCCAGAGCUGUAUUACGCACACCAACAACAACCGCUCCAGAAAUUCGAAUACCCAGCCCAGCAAGUCCACCAACCCUCUCCCAUCGACCAGCAACAGCAACAGCAGCAGCAGGUGCCAGUUGUGCAAUACCAGCAGCACCAACAACAGCAACAACAACAAGUGGUGCAGGUGCAGCAGGUAGUCCCGACGCCCCAGCAGCAGUACCAGACACCGCAAGAGCAGUGGUACGCCCAAGCGCCGUUUCAGGAGCCGGUGGAAGUGAUUAGUGCGAUUAACUCGUAUACGACCCAGGGCUUGUAUGAUCCGUGGCAGGUGAAGAUGGAGGCGUUUGAGGAUCCGAGUAUGCAGUUGCCUAGUGCGAGGUGUGAGAAUCUCUAAUCAGUCGACGGAGCUGUGGUGUCGACACUUGAAUAUACACAUAUACAAACAGCACGGGGAAUAGCUGGAUUUUUACAUAUCACCGCCAGACGCAUAUAUAUACCGACGAGGAGGAGGGGGAUAGAUUUAUACGAGAAGUCUAUACACCGAUACCAACACAAACUCACCAACUCACCAACUCACCAACUCACCAACUCACACACACCUACUUUACUACACACACAAGAUUCCGAUUAUUAUAUUGAUGACACAACACCCACGAGACCCCGAACAACUACCGACUACCGACACCUAUUACAUUUCCUCCUAAUGAAACGGGCCAUCUCAACUCUACACAACCCACCACCACCACCGCCCGACCUACCUCUACCACCCUCUCUCUAUACCAACACAAAAAGCGCGCCCUACUUAUUUCUGCUUUUUGUUUUCUUCACUGGCGCACUUGCUCACUACUACUACUCGAUUUGCGUCUUCAACUUUAUUUUGAUCUUUGCGUAUUCAUAGCGCUUACGCAUGCACACACUCGCGGGUCCUUUUAGGGAUUCCCACUUGAUGAUGACCUUGAUGGGAGAUUGAUUGAUGGAUGGGUGGACUUUUGUUUUUUGUUCUUCGGCUUUACUGUUUUGCGUGGUUUUUUAUAGCUAUGACUGGUGGGAAUGGAGGAUUGGUGUAUAAUUUUCGGCGGAACUGGUGGG